AUGUCGAAGCUACCGAUCAGCGUUGGUCAGAUUCUGAAAGGGAAGAAUGGUCUAUACGAAAUCAUUGAGGCGCUGAAAACAAACACGGUGUUUAAAGCCGCAGUCCUUGGCGGUACUUCCGAGAAAGUACCUACAGGCGCCCAACAAUUUGCCGUGGUCAAGACAGAGACAGAUGAGUCCAUGAAUUAUGUCUUCAACCGUGAGCGAAACAGUUACGAACUCCCACAUAUGGCUGGAUGCAAAACCAUAAGAGCGCUCCGUGAUGUUAUUGGCUUUGACAUUGACUCCCAGAAACCAUUGGAGUCACAGUGCAUGGUCUUCAAAUGGAUGGAUCAGAAUCUUCGCACAGUGCCAUACUCUCGGUAUUGCUCCAAGCCUAAGCUCCCACGUGUGAUCGCAAGAUCAGUACUGGAAACACUUGCCUUUCUGAAAGAAACUUAUCGUGCUUUCCAUUCAGAUAUUAAUCCGAAUAAUAUUUUGCUAUCAAACGUUGACAGUGCUUGCCCUGUUGUCAAAGUGGGCGAUUUGGGAAAUAUGCUCAGAGAAGGCUACGAUGAUACACGAAUCCAGAGCCUACCGACCCGUGCCCCCGAAGUCUGGCGUGGCCUCGGGUGUUGGCAUAGCUCCGACGUCUGGUCCCUCGGUGCUACGUUGACAUAUUGGCUUGCCCAAAGGCUCGUCUUUGGCGCUGGCGACAAGAUCAUAGAUGAUAACACCGAGGCAUGGUGCAUAGCCAAAAUCAUUCGCCUCGUAGGGCCGAUAUCACCUCCUGUGAAUGAGGCUUUCCUCGAUGAGUUCUCGCUGGCGAGGGCGCUGGAGAAAGAGGAAUACGAGGACCUGGAGACGGGGGAGAUGAAGCAAUUCAUUACGGUAGGGACGGUGCGGCAGGAGCUAGAGAAGAUUGAAGGUGUGCCGCAGGAUCUGAUCGAGUUUAUCGAGUACUUAUUAGUUCUUGGUCAUACGAAGAGACCGACGGCGAGAGAGGCGCUGGGGCAUCCGUACCUGGCGGACGUGGCAGCCUGA